CCGCUCGGUACCCGCGCGGGAGGCGGUGGCAGCCGGAGCCGGGCCGGGGCCGCGGGGACGGGGCGGGCCGGGGGCGGCUCGGCGCGGCCAUGGAGAUCGGCACCGAGAUCAGCCGCAAGAUCCGGGGUGCUAUAAAAGGAAAGUUACAGGAGCUGGGGGCUUAUGUUGAUGAAGAGCUCCCUGAUUAUAUUAUGGUUAUGGUGGCAAAUAAGAAGAGUCAAGAGCAAAUGACAGAAGACCUUUCCCUUUUCCUUGGAAACAAUACUGUCAGGUUUACUGUCUGGCUCCACGGUGUUUUGGAUAAGCUGCGGUCUGUGACUACUGAACCAACCAGUGUAAAAUCUUCAGAAUCUAAUAUCUUUGAGAGCAACCUGCCUUCCAGCAAAAGCAGUUCCUGUGUGAGUGAUGAGAGAAGGCGUGGGGAUAUCUUGCCACCUCUUGCAGUGUCAAGUACUCGGACUGAAAGAAAUGACUCCAGAGUUUCAACCAGCUCACAGGAGCAGAGGAACACUGCUUCCAGGCAGUCUUGUGAAGAUGGUUCUGCAUCCCGCUUAACAUCUACUGUCAAGCCUUUGAGGGAAUUGUCACCUUCUGAAGCUGUAAUUGAUAUUAAACCUGAACCAGAUGACCUAAUUGAUGAAGACCUAAACUUUGUGCAGGAGAAUCCUUUGUCACGGAAGAAGCCUAUUGUGACUGUAACUUACGGUUCCUCUCGUCCCUCGGCCGAGAUCUACCGGCCACCAGCUGUCAGGAGUGCAGAUGGCAUCGCACACGUGCCCAGAUUGUCACAACAGGGCAGCUUGCAGGGGAGCCGCCAGUUAGACACACAAGGCUGCAGGUCUUUGGAAACUGGCCAGAUGGGCAAUCCAGAAGCAUUUGGCAGCUUAGCAGAAGGUCACAGACCCACCUCCAAACUCAGUGCUGAUAAAGUGGGCAGUGAGGAGGAAAGCUCCAGGAAGAGACGACUGCCUGUUGUAAGUUCAGUAGUCAAAGUGAAAAAAUUCUGUAAUGAUGGAGAAGAUGAAGAGGAAGAGGAAGAUUACGGAUUGCGAACAGGAAGCAUCUCCAGCAGUGUGUCUGUACCCGCAAAGCCAGAAAGAAGACCUUCAUUGCCACCUUCAAAGCAGGCCAAUAAGAAUUUAAUACUGAAAGCAAUCUCUGAAGCACAGGAAUCAGUUACAAAAACGACCAAUUUUUCCACUGUUCCACAGAAACAGACUGUUCCAGUUGCACCAAGAACUCGAAUUAGCCCAGAAGAAUCACAGUUAGAAGUAAUUCAUGUGCAAAGCAGACUGCCUGUUCUGAGUUCUCAGCUUCAAGUAGAAGAGUCAAAGGAGCAGACAGUUGAAGAAAUUCAAGGAAAUGAACAAAAGGAGCUCUCUUGUCGCCUUCAGAUUGAUCCUAUGAUUGAAGAUACCUUACAAGUGACUCAGGAUUACUGUGAGCCAGAAUCUGUGGUCCACUCAGAUACUCGGUCAUUUAUCCUGAAGAAGCCCAGGUUACCAGAGGACAUGGUGCCACAGAACCAGCAACUGGGAAAGAAGGACACAGAAGCAGUGCGAGUUCACUCAGGACGUCUGAUACAGACACGAGACCAGCUUGCUCAUCCAGAGAAACCUGCUAGUCCCAAGUUCAUUGUGACGCUGGAUGGCGUGCCCAGUCCACCAGGAUACCUUUCUGAUCAGGAGGAGGAAGAUUCAUUUAUAAUGGAAGGAUUAAAGCCAAUUACCCAGCACAUGUUGGCUGGCAAAGGAUUAAAAGGACUUCAAGCCCAGCAGAUGCAAAUUGUAACCAGGCAGCUGGAGAACUGUGAUGUGGAAAUGGAAGACUUAAGUAUGCUACAAAAGCAGGAGAAGGUGCUGGAGCGCUGCAAGUACUGGCCUGCCUGUAAAAAUGGAGAUGAAUGUGUGUACCAUCACCCCACAUUACCUUGCAAAGUUUUCCCUAACUGCAAAUUUGCUGAUAAAUGCCUGUUCAUCCAUCCCAACUGUAAAUAUGAUGCAAAGUGCACUAAGCCAGACUGUCCUUACACUCAUGCCAGUCGACGAAGCCCCCAUCCAUCUCCUAAACCAGCACCCCUGCCCACACUGUCCAUAUCCUCCAGUAGUCCGCUGUGUAAGUUUUUUCCAGCUUGUAAGAAAAUGGAGUGUCCAUUUUACCACCCAAAACAUUGUAGGUUUAAUACACAAUGUACAAGACCAGACUGCACUUUCUACCAUCCCACUGUUGCUGUACCUCCACGCCACGCCUUGAAAUGGACUCGAAGUCAAAUCAGUGAAUGAAUAUGAUACAAACUGAGACUGAGCUUUGCCUCCUCGGGACAGUAGAGGAGAGGAAGAUUAACUACCAGGACACAGGAUGCUAGGAAAGACUCAUACAUUUUGGAUUUUGAAUAUACAUUGUUUUCAUAAAACGAGGUUGACUGCAUACUUGAAAUGUCUCUAAUUUUCCAAGUUUGUAAGUUUGGGCAAUUUUGCAUUUUUUUUACACUGUAAUAAAAAACAUAUGUGUAAGAAAAGUUUUACUUUAAAAUUCCAUUAAAAACCUUCAAAGCA